AGUUUCAGRCAACAAAGUGUUUUAUACCAURUACAAAUUUAAAAAAUGGUACUCUGCAAAUUCGAAAAUAUGUUUGCUGUUGUUAUUCUUGUAUUAAUAUGUAUGCAUGCUCUUCAUCCUUCAAUAGUUAUAUCUGGUCAUAUCAUUGAAAAGCGAUCUUCAGAUACUGAUUAUGCUGCUGCAGGAGCUGCUACAGCCGGAGAUACAAUAGCAGCUACUGGUGGUGUUAUAGCCGCGGGAUCACUCUCGGCAGGUCCAUUUGCGCCAGCAGUUGCGGCAGUUGGAGGUGUAACUUCGGCCGUUGGAGGAUUGGUUUCAGUAAUUUCGAGAGCAGCAGAUCAGUCAUGUCGUGAAUUUGGUUGUCACAACAACUACUGUUGGUCUUAUUGCAGUUUGGGAAAUCAAUGGUGCUAUACAACCAAAUCUUAUUCUCAAAGUUUUGAUUACGUUAGUUGUACAAGAGAUGAUGAAUGCAAUGGAUGCUGGAAAUGUGCAGGUUCAUGCACGUUGUGAAAAGUUAACAUGAACUUGAUGUGUUUUCACGUAUCAAUCAUAUUAUUUACGUUAAAUGAAUUUAUAAAAAUAAAUCAGUUGCAUUCUGCAAUUACGUUCCACGAUGUAUCAGUUGUGGGGGAAGAACACAGCUCUAACGAAUUUACUAAGUCACCAGACUCUUCUGCCAGCAGGUACGCAAUAUGCCAUGGUAGUCAUCCAGCUAAUUCUUAAAGCUGCUCAGUGUAUAAAAGAUUUAAAUCUUCAAUUAGUCAUAUUCAACGAGUACGUGUCACUCUUGCUCGUGAAAACAAAGUUAACUUUCCUUAGCCUUCUACAAUCCCCGAUUUCGAUAAACCAUAACUACUUCUCCUAACUAAAACCAUCUCCUCUUUUCUUCAUAAAUGUAAAAAUUAUUUUCUUCUUUUAUCUCCGAAUUAAUUGUUAUCUUUAAGCCCAUCCUGUCUUUGUUAACGACUUUAUUAAAUAAAGGUCAAUUAUAAUUAUCUUUACCGUUGUACGUUUUCCCAUCAAUAUUAUUAUAUUGUUUUAUUUUAAUUAUAAGCUAAUAUUAUUAGCUUAAUCAUUUUAUUCUUAUACAUCUUUAACCACCUUUUUAAAUUAUGUUACGUACCUAUACUAAUUAAUUAAUAUUCACCUGCGUUAUGUUUAUAUAUUUUAUUUAUAAUUAACUAUAUGUAUCUCUUGUUAUUAUUUUAAUUGUUGAACUACAAUAGUUUAUGUUAGGAGCUAAAUAAUAAAAAAAUAAAUCAGU